AUGGGCUUCGAAGACAAACGAAUCGCUAUUAUCGGCGGUGGCCUAGGAGGCAUGUCCUUCCUCAAUGCCGCACUGUAUACUGGUCUGAAGAAUGUGCAAUUGUACGAACAAGCAGCACAUUUCGGCGAAGUUGGUGCCGGCGUGAAUAUCACCUCCAAUGCAAAUCGCGUUCUGGACGCUUUCGGCUUACAGGAGAGUAUGAUGCGCAAAUCCUCACGCAAGCUGCCCAGCUAUAUGGAAUAUCACAACUAUAAAAGCGGAGAUUACGUGGGCCAUAUUGGGGAAUUCUCGCAGCCCCAUGCGCGUCUGCUGCACCGCGCCCACCUACUCGACUCUUUGAAAGAGCGCGUGCCAGAGUCGAGUCUAAACUUAGGCAAGCAUUUGGUAUCCAUCAGUCGCAACACUGCGCCCGAUCCGGCACCCUAUACACUUCAUUUCCAGGAUGGCAGCACCGCCGAAGCAGACAUCGUGAUCGGCUGUGACGGUAUCAAGUCCAAUGUCCGCCGAGAUAUGGGCUUGGGAGAUGAUCCCAAUUACUCCGGGCAGGUGGUGUACCGCGGCUUCGUCGAGUACGAAGAUUUGCCUAUUGAGACGGCGCAGUUAUUGCGCAAGACCGUCAAUUUCCGUGGACCAAAGCGCCAUGUCCUGAUCUUGCCUAUUGGUAACCAGGAGACGGGGACUGAUCGUGCGGCCAUCAUCGGGUUCAUGUCUGAACCGCUUGAGGCUUGGGAUUCCGAGAGCUGGAUGUCGCGCUCGGAUAUCGAUAGUCUGCAGGAACACGUCCGAGACUGGUGUCCGGAAGUACAGCAUAUCAUUGCUGGUCUGCGCAAGAGCUCCCAGGAUGGAAAGAUGCUCAAGCAGGCGCUAUACGUGCGUGAUCCGAUCGACAAAUGGUAUGAGAUGAAAGACGGACGGAAUGAUGCGGGUAUCAUUCUACUUGGUGACUCGGCACAUUCGACUCUCCCUCAUCAAGGUCAGGGAACAUGCAUGGCCAUUGAAUCUGGCAUUGCUCUUGCAACAAUUCUCCGGCAUUGGAAAACGGAUGACUUGGAAGCUGCAUUCAAGUUCUACCAGGAUCUCCGUAAGCCCCGGACAGAUCGGGUGACGCAAACCAGCUAUGAAGCUGGUAAGCUGGCCAGCUCGGAUUCGCCUGACCAGAUGUCUAACAACUUCAAUCCGGAUGCACUGAUGGAGCGAAUGAAGUGGAUUAUGGAAUAUAAUGUUCUAGAAGAUUUACGGGCUAAGGGCCAGGGAUAUAUGAAUUUUGAAGAUUCGCGCUUGUGA